AUGAAACGAGGGAAAUUGCUCGGGAUAGAGACAGAUGGAGAGGAACUGUAUCAGCCGUGUGCCACUGGCCAGUGGCGGGAAGAUAAAGGGACUCCAGGCUCAGGAUCUUCUGAAUCAGAAUCUGCAGAAGAUCAGUCCUCAGAAAUGGGAUCUGUAGAAGAAACUGGAUCUUCAGAAACAGGGUCUUCAGAAGUGCAAUCUUCAGAGGUAAAAUCUCCCAAUCCAAAUCGGCCUCUUCCUCCUCCUGUUCAUAUUCCUACUCGAGGAAGACCAGCUCAUCUUCGUGCAGUGAGGGUCACCGUCAACCGUGCCUCCAGUUCCGUUCCUUCACCAUCGUCAGGAUCACAAGCGACGCCUGUCUUUGAUAACUUUACGAUUGGUGCCAUUCGCCACUCCAGGCAUUGUGCAAAGCAGACAAGGAUGCCAGUGACUUCCUCCACUCACUGCCACAUUGAUCCCCUGGGAAUGGGCGGCAAUCCUGCAAAGGCCGUUAGGGAGAGACGCCAUAGCCCAGUUGAAGGAUGGACCUGGGAGACCGUGGCUGCGGCAGAAGAGGAGCUGAACAAGAUUAGAGAAACGCUUCUUCCAUCGUUUUCAUUCCAUUCAGGUGCUGCCCUAGAGCUAAAGCCCGUGCCAGGACAAGACUGGUGUGAUCUAGGAAGAAACAACUUCGUCACUCAAUCAUUCAGCAUGGAUAUCCUUUGCCAGAUUCUGGGUCUACUUUUCCUCAUGGUAAUUCAGGUAGAAUCCAUGAGCUUAGGAUGGGAUGAGGAAUCUUUGACAGAAGGAGGCCAUGAUGUGGAUUGGGUGGGAUAUGGCAGUAAUUUAGAAGCUCCUUCUGUAGACCAGCCAUGGUCAGAGGACAACUGGAGGGAUACUUGGUAUAAUGACAAUGAAGUAGUUGUGUUGGAGCCUGGCAAAACUGCAACAUUCUCCUUCACUUUUGGGAACCAACAAGCAUCGAAGUAUGUGGAAUAUAAGAUCUCCAGUGUUAAAACUCUUUCUUCUUAUUCAUCUCUGGUGUUCACCUGUGACAUGAAGUCUCUGUGGAAUUCGUCAGACUGCAGUAGUGGAAAAGUGACGAUAGGUUACGGACAAAAGACCUUGAGACUUUGCAAUGAAGCUCAUUCCGUGAAGGACGAACAGGCCGGAGACUUUCUGAGGAUUUUGGCUGAGAAUAUACUUCCAUCUUAUGGAAACAUCCACUGCAGAAUUUACGCUAAUUCCUGUGGCAAAAGAAACACAAAAAGAAUAAUCGCAGGAACAGAAACACUGCCCCACGAGUAUCCCUGGCAAGUGGGACUUUUUUUCAGUAAACUGAGUCCUAACGUAUUUUGUGGAGGAUCCAUCAUUGGCCCUUAUCACAUCCUUACAGCUGCACACUGCAUCGACAUACCAAACAACAUAUACGGGUCAAGUUUUCGCCCAUUGGCGCUUGUUGGGUUGCAUGACAACAGGAAGCCAUCAGCUGCAACUAAGUACCUCAACAUUGCUAAGAUGACACUCCACCCGGCAUAUGACAGUAAGACCUUUGUAAAUGACAUUGCAAUUCUCCAAACGGAACAGCCAAUCCCUUUCGAUGUCAAGAACACUGUUUCGCCAAUCUGCCUUCCUGAAGACCCAAACAAUAAGUUCGACAACACUGAGGUCUCCGUCUGUGGAUGGGGACAAACGAUUGGAAGUGAUGGUAGCUCUAACUCACCUGUUCUUCUUCAUACUGUAAUAACAACAAUGACCAAUGUAAUGUGCAAUAAGAUGGUUUCUCCUACGUUUUUCAUUCCUGAUGAGAAAAUUUGUGCUCUGGCCUCUGGAAAAAGCCAAGGCUUGUCCUGUAGAGGAGACUCAGGAGGCCCACUAAUGUACCAGCAUGGAAGCCACAUGGAUCUGAUCGGAAUAGCUUCUUCGGGGCCAAAAGGAUGUUUGAGAGAAUUUCCAGAAUUUUUCACUCGAGUUACCAGUUACUUGGAUUGGAUCAGGCUCCAAAUGAAACAACCAUGAAUUCCACACUAUCUUUACUGAUGUACUUUAACAAUUUUCUGCUAUGCAAUGAAGAUGUAAAAUCUUCCUG